AUGACCGAAAAUCUUCAAGAGCAACUUACAGAACUCGGAUAUGAUAAAGUUGCAGAGUAUUUGAAGCAAUAUUCAUCAACGUCGAAUGCCGUUCCUUCUUUCUAUAUUCCAAUUCAAAAAACGAUUCCGGAUUUAUACGCAGCUUUAACAUCGAUUCAUGGCCUAGAAAGAUUUCAACUUAUGUAUCCUACAGUAAGCAAAAUUAAAGAACUUAAGAUUCAAGCAGAUAAAAUCGUAAGAUCUUUUGGUGAGAAAAAAAUCAAUUAUCAACAAUAUAUUCAGCUUAGGGAAUCGUCUCCAGAGAAUUUAAUGAACUUUCUUACUUCGCGUCUAUUCAUUCAAUUAAAUGGUGGAUCAAAUUCGUCUUUAUCCUAUAAUGAUUUCUUUAAUUACCUUUUCUCUGUUGCGUAUGCAGUUCCUCACAUUAAAGUUUUAUUGUCAUAUGAUCUUUCAAACUCGGGUAUAAUAUCUAUUGAAAGUUUCACUAAAUACGUUGCUCAAAUGGUUGACAGGAUAUAUUUUGUUGAAAUGUUUACAAAGAAAAAUCAUGAAUUCAAACAAUAUUAUAUUCAAUAUGUUGUAAAUGUCAUCUUUGCGCGCUUAGAUCCUCUUUUUACAAGAGUUAUUAGCAUUAAAGAUCUUAUCGAAGAUAAAAUAUACCUUCAGUUUUUAAAUUUAGAUCCAACUUUAGAGCCAGAUGACGAAGAUGAAAGUUUUAAGAGAAAUGUUUUUGGACCAAUUAACCCCAAGAGCUAUAUUGAUGUAUUUUCAAAGUUAGAUAUGGAUCAUGAUGGAAUUUUAAAGGCCGAAGAUGUAAUGCAAAUACCAGGCAUUAGAUGGUGCAGAACAUUUGCAGAAUCUCUUAUUAGCAAAGCUUCUCCGGCUCCUAACUUUGAAUGGUAUUGCAGAGCCCAAUUCUGUUAUGAUAAUAUUGGAGAACCUUGGGCAAAUGCCUUCUACUUUGAUGUUAUGGAUAUUAAUAAUGAUGGCGUUAUCACAGAAGAAGAUCUAGCUCCAAUUUAUGCAGAGGUUUCCCAAGUCCUCAAACAAGUCGUCGUAAACCCACAAAAUCCUCUGCCAUCAUUUAAGUGGAUUGUUAAUGAAAACCUUGAUUUGUAUGGAGUUACUAAUGGAGAAAUAACAAAGCAACUAUUUAUUAACACAAAGUCCACCUCUGGAUUUAUCCGUCAUCUUGUUGACAUUAGAGGUUUCAUAAAAUGGGAAGCAGAUAUUGAUAUUUUAAUGCCGAAGACAUCUUAA